GCUGUUUAGGCGUGUGUGUUUUCGUUUGCCCGCAUUCAUAAAUUCUUGAUGUUCUUUACUUAGCAAAUUUAAAUAAAAGCGUUUAUAUUUUUGUGCUUACUAUAAAUAAAGUUAGAAUAUUGACGGAGAAGAGAAAUGAGUGCAAACACCAAUAAACAAAAGGGAAAGCGAAAGGCUUUGCCUAAACUCAAAACAAUUCUGGCAAAUCCAAACAAGGAGAAAUGUCCUUCACUAGAAAAAGAGGCAUUACAAAAGCUUGCCAAUUUACUAAAAGAUAUCAUCAACAAAAGCGGCCUAAAGCCACAAGCAUUUGUAACCUCAAGUCACAUUCACUUGGGUUUGGAAAGCAGUCUGCGUGCCAUUAAUAAUUCGAAAUGUUCCUGCGUUCUACUUUCGCGUAGUAUACAACCACGCGUUUUGGUCAGAUUAAUAGCGCGUAAUGUUGAAGCUAAAAAUGCAACAGUGCCAGUUUUUGUACAAAAUCAGUUGGAAGAUUUUACGAAAGAUGUAUUUGGUGUCAAAGCGCUUUGUGUGGUAUUUCCUACAGUUGAUGAAAUGAAAGAAACUAACGUGGAUGACACACUUAUAAAGUGGAUUACGGCGCACACAAAGGAAAUAAUACCUAAAAAUAAAGUUGUAAAGAAGAAACAAAAAAUUACAAAAAGUAAGCCGGUUCCUGCAAUUGAAGUUAGUAAGGAGUCGUCUGUGGUUGAACUACAGAAACUAGAAAUUGAAAAUACUACCAAGGACAACAAUGAAUUUAUUUCAUUCGCGGAAGGAAUGGAGUUAGAUAAAGCCGACUCAGAAGAGGAUGAAAAACAUUUGAUUGCAACAUUAAACAAAGUAGCUGAACGCGUUGAAAAACAAGCAACUAUUCAACAAGAUGUCGAAAUGAAACCUAACGACGUUACACCGCAAGACGAGGUGGAACAUGUGGGACAUGUAGAUACAUGUAGUGAUUCGGAUGAUUUUCUGCCAGCUGUUUAUCAACCACUUACUGUUCAUAAAAUACAACCAAAUCCAAAUAGAAAACCUAAAAAUAAGAAACAAAAAAAGAAUAAACAAAAUAAAAACUAAAUUUUAUGCGUUUAGUUUAAUUAAAUAAUUCAUAUGGUAGCUUUCAUACUCAGCUGCUAAUGAUCAGCUGUUAAUUUGAGGUUAUGCUUUGCGCUGUAUUUUCAUAA